AUGAGUGCCAAGAGUGUGGGAAAAGACUCCCUGGGAAGGGUGACCUCACCAAGUACACCCACACACUCUGGAGGAAGACCUCAUGAAUGCUGUGAGUGUGGCAAAAAGUUCAGUACAAAGAGUGACCUCAACAGACACACCCUUACACACACUGAUGAAAGACCUCAUGAAUGCCAUGAGUGUGGCAAAAAGUUCAGUAGGAAAAGUACCCUCAACAGACACACCCAUAUGCACACUGGUGAAAGACCUCAUGAAUGCCAUGAGUGUGGCAAAAAGUUCAGUAGGAAGAGUGACCUCAACACACACACCCUUACACACACUGAUGAAAGACCGCAUGAAUGCCAUGAGUGUGGCAAAAAGUUCAGUAUGAAGAGUACCCUCAAGGCACACACCAUUACACACACUGAUGAAAGACCUCAUGAAUGCCAUGAGUGUGGCAAAAAGUUCAGUAGGAAGAAUGACCUCAACACACACACCUUUACACACACUGAUGAAAGACCUCAUGAAUGCCAUGAGUGUGGCAAAAAGUUCAGCAGGAAGCGUUACCUCAAGAAACACACCCUUACACACACUGAUGAAAAACCUCAUGAAUGCCAUGAGUGUGGCAAAAAGUUCAGAAGGAAGAGUGACCUCAACACACACACCCUUACACACACUGGUGAAAGACCUCAUGAAUGCCAUGAGUGUGGCAAAACGUUCAUUGUGAUUAGUCACCUCUACAGACACGCCCUUACACACACUGGUGAAAGACCUCAUGAAUGCCAAGAGUGUGGCAAAAAGUUCAGUAGGAAGAGUACCCUCAACACACACUCCCUUACACACACCCUUACACACACUGGUGAAAGACCUUAUGAAUGCCGUGAGUGUGGCAAAGAGUUCAGUAUGAAGGGUGCCCUCAACACACACACCCUUACACACACUGGUGAAAGACCUCAUGAAUGCCAUGAGUGUGGCAAAAAGUUCAGUAGGAAGAGUAACCUCAACAGACACACCCUUACACACACUGGUAAAAGACCUCAUGAAUGCCAUGAGUGUGGCAAAAUGUUCAUUCAGAAGAGUACCCUCAACACACACACCCUUACACACACUGGUGAAAGACCUCAUGAAUGCCAAGAGUGUGGCGAAAAGUUCAGUCGGAAGAGUGCCCUCAACAGACACACCCUUACACACACUGGUGAAAGACCUCAUGAAUGCCAAGAGUGUGGCGAAAAGUUCAGUAGGAAGAGUCACCUCAACAGACACACCCUUUCACACACUGGUGAAAGACCUCAUGAAUGCCAUGAGUGUGGCAAAAAGUUCAGUGCUAAGAAGAACCUCAACAGACACACCCUUACACACACUGGUGAAAGACCUCAUGAAUGCCAUGAGUGUGGCAAAAAGUUCAGUGCUAAGAAGAGCCUCAACAAACACACCCUUACACACGCUGGUGAAAGACCUCAUGAAUGCCACGAGUGUGGCAAAAAGUUCAGUAGGAAGAGUGACCUCAACACACACACCCUUACACACGCUGGUGAAAAAUCCUAA